AUGAAGUCCAUCGCAUCUAUCGCCAUCGCCGCUCUCCCCCUAUUCGUGCAGCAGGCUAUGGCCUCGCUCAACUGCACGCUCGUCUCAGCUACUGCAACUGAAAGAUACUGUGAAUGGGAUGGCUGCCAGGCCUACGCAACCGCUACACCUGGGGCCAUUCUCCACGCAGGAUGCCGGGCUGACUGCAGCACGAAUGAGGAUUCAUGGUUCCAAUUGUAUGACGGAGCUUUCGUCCGCACCGAAAACCUCGAGGGUUGCAAUUACCAUGGAGCGGCUUUCCCAAUCACCGGUAAGAAUGAAUAUCCCCAGCCCUGUAGCUCAACCGCCCCUAGUGUGAUCCACUGGCUGACGGCAUCAGGACUUCCUCACUGCUAUGAAGAGAAGCAGCUGCCCGCGCCAACCAAUUGCCCAGAAUCAUCAGCUUCUGGUCUUGCUAGCAAGAUCCCUGCUCCAGUCACACUCGGACCUGAGCCUCCCGCGUUUACUCUCCCACCGUCGCCAACUGGGCCACCACCCCAAACUAAGAUGCCGAGGAGAAUGGCAUAUUAG